UUAAUAGUUAAUUAUCUCUAUCAGUAAUAAAGCUUAUUAUUUUUAGUUUGAAAUAAAUUUUAAAAAAUUUGCAGUUUAACUAUUCACAGGUAUUAGGUUGCUUCUGGAAUGUGUAAACGCAGCAGUAGUGACAAACUCAACAUGUUUGAGAGUUAAAAUUGGAUAGCCUGAAGAGACAAACAUUUUUACUAGAUGUUUAAGGUUAAUUAAAAAUGAAUAGGCAUUAAUUAUGGUUGGCCUUUAAAAUGAGUUGUGGGGAAGGAUAAGGAGGAAUCCUUUAGAAGAAGGAGAAUUUUGACUGUAAAACCAGAAUAACUGCAGGAAACAGUUAAAAGAAAUUAAGUGAAUGAGAAAGUGCUCUUUAUUAAACUUUUAACCACUAUAAAUACUGUGAGUAUUUUCCCAAUCCUGAUGGCUUUUGUGUAUGCAUUUAGCGGGCUUUUUCUGGUAUUGGUUUCUCGAUGUAAAAAAAAAAAAAAUAGUUAAGAAAGUAAAUGUUAAUGCAGAUUUAUUUGGAUUAUUUAUCUGUGUCCUCAUGUAGAGCCUGUAGAAGCUUAUACAGGAAGGAGGAGGAGAAGUAGAUCUUAAACAUGAUUCUUGUAGUUCUUUAAGCUGGGGUUUUGUUUCCUUUUUGCUGUUGUCAGAUUUUUGGGAACCAAAUAUCUGUAUUUUGGUCUCUCUGUGAAGAGUACUAAAAGAGAUUGUACAAAUCAAGAUAAACAAUGGGGCAUCUGACCUUCCUCCUUGUUAUUUGGACUAUAACUUGCUUCUAAUUUUGCUCACUGCCUUUUUUCUCUACUCAUUCUGUUUGUUCUUGCUGAAACCUCUGACCUUCCUGCACUGCAUGGUGUUAAUUUGACUUUGAGUUAGAGAUCUUAUGAGAAUGUGGAUAAUCAUUAAUGCACUUUGGUUUAGUGACUGCUUGAAAAGGGUGUUUCUCAUAAACCUGUGGAGUGAUCUUUGAGCCCAUUACCCAGCAGGGAGCAUUUGUUGCUCCCAGGUUGGUGUUGAGCACUUAAUAAAGGAAACGUGUUCUCCUUUACCAGAAGCCUUUUCCCCAUGGCUCUUUCCCUUCUGUUCUCCUGACUUUUGGAGUAAAGAAUUACUGACUCAGCAUUGCAGCUGAAUUUUAAGACAUGCUGUUGAAAUAAGUAUUUUAGAAUCCUUCUCUGUCAUUAUUACAAAUUUUUCAUCCCUGAGCCUUGCCAAGCAGUAUUUGCUUUAAUUGGGCAGUUCAUCUCAAAUGUUGUCAGUCAGAAGCCUAAUAUAAAAUCUCUCUAGUUUUGGAGUUUUCAAAAUUAUAUGUGUAAAAAUUUGAGAUGUGACAGGCAGUAAGUUAUAUAAACAGUUUACUUUGUUUCUACUAAAUGCAGUGACAAGGGCAACAUCCUCACUGCUUCUGGGAUAUUUUUGUUAACCCUUUUGUUAUUUAAUUAGCACUGAUCAGAGAGAAGUGAUAAUAUUAGCACCUGCCAAGGGAGACAAAACCCAUGGUAUAGCCGACAGAAGAGAAGAGCUACCUAAAUUGCUGGAGAAAACAUUAUUAUUUUAAUGUAGUGCUGUUUAUAGCAUCCGAAUACUUUUUCCUCCUUCCAUCCUGGAAAAUCUGUAAACAACACGUUAGGAGAGCUUUCAAGUGUUGAUUGGGCAGCUUAUUGUCAGGAGUGACCUCAUGUUGCAGUCGAUUUCUAUUUAGACUGCAGGGUUUAGUGCAGCACUCCAGAGGUGCCGCUCGCAGGCAGCCCCCGGAGCACAGCCAGCAGCAUGCACAGCCAGCAGCCCACAGCACGCUUUGCUGGCUUCCAGAUGAAGCAUUUUUACAUGAAGUGCUCUUUUGGGAUAGCAAAAAUAAUCAGAAUGGCCUGCAAAGUUCUGCUGCACAGUGCUCAUAUCUCUCCCAUAAGUAUCUUGCCAGCCUCUGCAGACAUUUUAGAAAGAACAAUCAGAGCAGCUGUGGAACAGCAUCUUUUCGACCUGCAGAGCAGCUUAGAUAACGAUCUGAAACACAUACAGCAACAACGACUGGGCUGUAACAAUGAAACAAAAAAUCCCAGUGGGGAUGAGGAAGGAUCUAACAACCAGAAUGAUGUUAUUGAAGAUAAUGACACUGGUAGCAGUGAAAACACAGGAGACUGCUCUGAAGUAUUGGUUUGCACUGAUUUAGACAGUGAAGCUAUGAAACGUGAUACUGUAACUGAGGAAGAGGAAAGCAUUCAGAUACCAGCCCUUCCUUCUGCUGAGACUGCAGACAUAUUAUUGAAACCAUGUGAUGAAGAUGAAGAAUUUGAUGGAGAAAAUAAUAGUGAAAGGGAAAAUAGUAUAUUACUUGAUGGCAAUGAUAGAAAAUCUUCAGAGGCAUUUCUGGAUUCAAGUAGCAAGACUUGUGAUCUUAAUGCAAACCCUGAUUCAGAGGUGCUGGGGGAUGGCAGCGUUAAUGUUCCCGAGGAAGCUCCGGCUGUCCAAGUGCCACAUCUGGAUCUGAAGAAUGUAUCUGAUGGUGACAAAUGGGAAGAUCCAUUUCCUGCUUUCAAGUCUUGGCAGGAGGACAGUGAAUCUGGAGAAGCUCAGCUUUCCCCACAGGCUGGGAGGAUGACUAAUCAUCCAUUGGAAGAGGACUGUCAUCCCAUAUUGUCACAUCGGAGUUUGGAUUUUGGGCAAAGCCAGCGUUUCUUACAUGAUCCAGAAACGUUGGACUCUUCAUCCAAAGCACUUUCUUUUGUUAGAACACGAAGAGCAUCCUUUAGCUCAAAAGAAGACAAAAGGGAAGACAAGACACCUUAUCAGCUUGUCAAGAAAUUACAGAAAAAAAUAAAGCAAUUUGAGGAACAGUUCGAAAAAGAGAAAAACAGUAAGCCCUCCUAUAGCGAUAUUGCAGCCAAUCCAAAAGUUUUAAAAUGGAUGACUGAACUUACCAAAUUGAGAAAGCAAAUAAAAGAUGCAAAGCAGAGGAGCUCAGAGGGAGAAUUCAUACCUCAAACACGUCCACGAAGUAACACUCUUCCAAAAAGCUUUGGUUCUUCUCUUGACCAAGAGGAUGAGGAAAAUGAAGAUGAGAUGCGGGUUGUGCAGAAAGAGAAGAAGCCCACCAAGGAGGCAACACUUGAACUCAUUUUGAAAAGAUUAAAGGAAAAACGAGUUGAGAGAUGUUUACCAGAAGAUAUAAAGAAAAUGACAAAGGACCAUUUGGUAGAAGAGAAAACAUCUCUCCAGAAGAGCCUCCUGUAUUAUGAAAGCCAACAUGGACGGCCGGUUACUAGAGAAGAAAGACAUAUUGUGAAGCCACUUUAUGACAGAUACAGACUUGUAAAACAAAUGUUAACUAGAGCAAGCAUUACUCCUAUUCUUGGAUCACCAUCAACCAAGAGGCGGGGGCAGAUGUUACAGCCCAUUAUUGAAGGUGAAACUGCCCAUUUUUUUGAAGAAAUUAAGGAGGAAGAGGAGGAAAGUGAUGGUUUGUCUGCAGACCUGAAUGAAAUCUUAAAAACUGCUGCCCAAACACAGCCCGUUCUAAGCCCAGUUGAAAACUCUGAGUCUGAUAUUGAAGAUGGUCAAGAGAAACUCACCCGGGACCUGAGGCUCUCCAGCACCCGAGCUGCUUCUAUGCCUGAAUUAUUGGAGCAACUGUGGAAAGCCAGAGCUGAGAAGAAGAAGCUACGUAAGACAUUACGAGAAUUUGAAGAGGAGUUUUAUCAGCAGAAUGGAAGGAAUGUACAGAAAGAAGAUCGGGUCCCAAUGCUGGAUGAGUACAGGGAGUACAAGAAAAUCAAAGCCAAACUGAGGCUGUUAGAAGUCCUUAUCAGCAAACAAGAUUCUUCAAAAUCAAUUUAAAUUAUAUUCCUCCAACCUGUUGAGUAACAUGCUGUUUCCAUAUACUACCCCUGUACUUAUUGGGUGCUUGUGUUCAUGUGUCAUGCACUGUUGAAAGAAUCCAGUUUGUGCACUUUACUGUGGUGCCACUAGGACAUGUUUGAAGGGUAAGUAGGUCCUGUCUAGAGAGCAAAUAAGGUUUCUGAGUUUGAGACUGCUCUAUCCAACUUUAGCAAACACAGUUUCCAUCGAAGUUUUGUAUUCCAGAUGCAUCCAUCCUGUUCCAAAACAACCAUAGCUUUUUUUUAUCUUUAGCAUUCAAGAACUUUGAGACUUUUGUUAUUACUAACCUUUUGCAUUGUUGAAGAAAUUAUUAAUAUUGUAAUGCUACACUGAACUGUUCCUCUUGCCUAAAAAAUCAGCAAAUUAAGGGUACAGCUCUUAAUUCUUGGAACACUUAAACAGACUGUAAUUCCUUUCAAAGGACUGCUGUGGAACAACUGUGAUAUUUUGGUAUUCUAAAUUGCACCUGUACACAGUAAUAAUUAACGUCUGUGGAUUUUGCUCAUUAGCGGUCACAUUUCCUCCUUGAUAAAGAUGACAGUGGACAAACCAGAAAGUGACCUUUUCUUAGUGGCUUUUAAACCUUGGAAAACUGAAAAGUUCAAUCACAUGCUGCCUACAGGACUCAUGUCAUUGUUGUUCAUUUGAUCCCUUUUUCGGUUGUUGUUUAUCAGCCAGUGGUGACGUAGUGUUUGGGCUGAAUUGGAUACGGCAUCUCCGCUUGCAGAAGAUUUGAGGAGCACAGUGAACACUGUGGUGUUUGGGAAAUCUGGUGUUGCUCAGACUUGUGUGGCUCCACAGAGAGGAGCUGGCUUAGGACAGUUAAAAUCCCACUGUACCUGAAAUGAGUGUGGUGUCAAGGGCUAAAAUCAGUGUAGUUAACACGCACCACAGGGAGAACCGUCGGUUUGGAGUGGAAGGAUUACUGCUGUUUAUCACGGUUUUGUUUUACAGUUGGAGAAUAAAAAUACAUUAUCUAAUCCUUACGAUGUAAGCAAAACAGUUUAUGGGCCUUGCAUGAUUUAGCUUCAGAGUUGAAUCUAAAUAAUGUUUUGAGUAUCACAUCUGCUGUGCUGAAUGAUGAUUUAGAGACUAGCUUUGCUCUGCAGCAGCCAUCCGCAGCUGUUUCUGAUCUGGCAAAAUCAAAAUGUUAAUUUCAGCUGGUGCUUUCUCAGUUGUUUUUUUUUUUAUUUUUAUUUCAGUGUAUCAGUUUGAUUGUGGCCAUGUUUUGCAUGCACCUACUCUCACUGCAUGUUUUUAUGACUGGCUAAUGUCAACAUAGCAAUGAUUCACUCUGCUUUAUGAAAGACCAAAAAUGAACUUUCUCACGAUGUAAGAAAUGGCUUGCACGUAACCUCAGAGACUUGCUGUUCUGUCAUGAAGCAUAUGAAAUAGGUUGCAAGUAGGAUUUUUAGUGCUCAGAUUUCAUUUGUGUACUGUAGAAUACUUCUUGGUUUGUUUUACUCUGCUUGUAGGCAUGUAAUUUUGGAAUUCAGAAAAAAAAAGCACUAAAACUAUUGAGCACUGGUGAUAUGCCUUUUUUUCUUUUCUUUUUUUUUUAACUGCAAAGUGAUCUGGGACCUUAGAGAAUUGAGGUUAAAGUAGUCUUUGAGACCAUUUACCAAUUUUAUUCAGUUCCAUUGUGCAAUGUACACUUCAGUUCCUUUUCUAUCAGUCUGCAGACACGGGUGUAUCCAAACAUUGAAACUAAUGUGUACUGUAUAGUGUUGUACAUGAAUGUUUGUGUUUUAUAUACCACAUGCAAAAUGUCAAUAUGCACUAUUUAAAUGUUUUAAAUAAUAUAUUCCUCCUUUAUAAUGCUUAAAUCUAUAUGAUUCCAAUAUUUUUAUAAGUGAGUGAGUGAUCAGACUGGUUCCAAUUCAGAAUUAACAGCUGCUUUGUGUUUGUUAUGCAGUGUUUGGCUGUUUAUUCAGUAUAGUAGAUAAGCAUGGCAACAGUUAUGCUGAGUGUGUUUUGUGCCAUCCUUGUUGAGCAAUAAAUAAAUGGUAGAACUAGGCAUUUUGUGAUAUAACAGUUUUACUUUGGUAAAAGCAAAACCUAUAUAUCUAUAUGGAUAUAUAGAUAUGAAAUAUAUAUAACUAAACCAGAUAUAAUUGCAUUGCUAUGUCUGGUGCUCAUUGUAUAGACUUUUAUAAUAAAAGUACCUUAACCUUUA